AUGGGAGCCACUUUGGGCCGGGAGAAAGGGUCUCGGGAUUCCGUCGUUUAUUCUAUGGGAAUGAAAGAACAUUCGCCUCUAACGUGCUUUCAACGUUCUCAUUUAAUUAAGAAUGUAAACGGGCAUGUAGCCGCGUAAUACGACGCUACCGAAGGCAUUUGAAAGUGGAUUUAAUUGUGAACGCACAACUUGAAUUUCAAAGUUUAAAUUUGAGAGGAAGAUUCGAAUUUUGAAAUUUGUAAUGGUCCUAAUUUGGCCGUCUGAGGAAAAUGUUUAGUAAUAGAAGGAUUGUGGAAAAAAGUUGUGUUUAAUAUUAACAUAGCUUUUUACAUCGAAAAAGGGUUGAAAGACAUGCUUUGUUGGUUUACACAAUAGUUUUUCAUCUUUGGUUUUGAAAAUAUAAAAAAAUGUUUCUGACAUUUAUAGGCAGCUGAAGAGCCGCUUCUAUGUCCAUAAGUACGCUUCUAUACCUAUAAGUAUACAAAUAGAAGGCCAUUUGUUUAUAAGCAAAAAAUGUAAAAAACAGUCUUUGCGACCCAAAAUGUCUUCAAAAAUUAUAUUAUUCAUGAAAAUUUAGGCGAUUAAAAAAGAAGGUCACGAUGUAACUACAUAUUUGUUCAACUUGGACGAAAAGGUCCCCAGUCCAGCUAAACCGCCACAGGAUGAGUCUUCAGACAAUUUGGACGAGAAGAGUAAUGUAAAGGACGAGGAGAAGAAAGAAGCUAAAGUGGGGGAGAAGAAAGAAGAUGCAGUGGAAAAGAGGGAUGAUAAAGUAGAAGAUAAUGUGGCUAAAGUAGAAGAUAAGAAAGCAGAAGAAAAACAGGCUAAAGUAGAUGAAAAAGCUGAAGAUAAGAAGGAAAAAAAGCCCGAAGAACAAAAAGUAGAUGACAAAGAUGAUGAUAUCCAAGUGAUCGAACAAGCAAAGGACGAUGACAAAAAAGAUGCUGAAGCAAACAAGAAAGAUGAUGAAAAGACAGAAAAGGGAAAAGAAGAUGAUAAGAAAGAACAAAAACAACCUCAAACAGCCGAUAAAGCUGAAAAAGCAGCCGAGAGUCAGCCAAAAUCAACAGAAAAACCAGCAGAAAAAACAGUUGAAGGUCCAAUUAUAAUCGAUGACGAUGAAGUUGACUACGAAGAGCACGAGGAAGAAAGCCAAGAGACCAAAGUCGAUUCUACCGAUGUUACGAUGUCAGAAGAAACAAAAGAAAAGAAUGGCAACUCGAAGGUGGUAUCGUCGAAGGAAGUGGACGAGCCGAAAGAGGACGAUCCAGCGGAUUGUAACCUUUGGAUCUCGAACAUUCCAAACACAACCAAGGCCUCGGACUUGAAGGUAGUUUAUAUUGAUUUUUGAGGAGUAUUUAUGAGUUUUGGAGAAUGAUCUUAAAUUCUUGAAGUCAUAUUAACAUGAUUUUUGGAAGAGUUUACGAAAUUAAAGUUCUUUGAUCAGAUAUCCGAAAAAAUUGAGAGAAUUCUAUAGGUAAAGGCUCAGAAAUAAGGUUAAGUUUAUUCGGUUCAGAUCCUCUUCCUCGACUACGGCAAAGUCACAACAGCUAAAAUCUUCACAACCCGCAACAACACCUCCCCCGCCUGCUACGGCUCUGUCACGAUGGCCGACUCCAAGUCGGCUCAAGAAGCGCAGAAGAAUGUGAACAAGAUGAACUGGAAGGGCAGGAUAAUCUCCGUCGAGUUGGUACCCAGAAAUCAAGCAUCCCGAGUACCAGCCCGCAAACCCAUCGAACCCCCAACCAAAUCCCCGCCCAAGGAUGUUAAGGAUGAGACCAAAGGAACGUCGAAGAAGAGGGCCGACUCCAAGUCAACCGACUCCAAGCGAGCCGAAAUCAAACCACCGGAAAAGACGCCGCCAAAGGGUACGGCGGAACCCAGCAAACUCAAUUUUAAUGUUAUUUUAGGUGAAAGUGUGAAGCGAUCAGACAGCAAACCGUCGAAGCCUGAGCAACGUCGUCGUUCUCCGCCAAGAACAUCGACCCACGAACGGAGCCGUGGUGGAAAAACGGUCAGCACCCGACACCAUCAAAUCGACCGCAAACAACCAUACGGCCGCUCCAAGUAUCACGAAUCGACCAGAGACGGCUACGCCGGCCAUCCGCGCAACUACGACGACCGCCGCCACGCCUACGGCAAGGCCGUCUACGAGGACCGUAGCAACGCCCGUUACGACUACCAGAACAGUCAUGCUAGAGUAUUCGAGAGCGACGAGGUCAGACGACUGCUACACGCUCGAGAAGAGCUACACAAGAAGCGAGAGUUUGAGUUGGAACAGGAGAGAGAACGUGCCCAACUUCAACUUGAACGUGAACGUUUGGAGAAGGAGAAACUGGCCGUUCAACAACUCAAACUCCAAAUGCAGCUUCAGGCUCAAGCACAACAGCAAGUGGCAGCAUACCCACCGUUUGCUCCGCCAAUUUUGGAUAGUAAAUCGGUUAAAAAAGACACUAGCAGCUCGCGGCCUCGAAAAGACGAGUCCCGCUUUUCGAGCAGGUACAGCAAAGUUCUUGGGAGGAUUUUAGUGGAUUUGUGGUUAAUAUAGGAGGCUUUAGGCUUCGAUAGAGACUUAUUUGUCCAUUAUUUAGGCAAAGAAUAGGGUCAUUUUUGAAAAAUUGCUAUAUUAAAGUCAACAAGAAAGUUUUUAUGACAAGAUUGAAGUAAAGAAGAAUCUUUUUAGGCUAAUAUUAUAGUAGAAAAGACGUUUUUAUGGUAAUAUUCAAUAAAAAAGAAACCUGAUUUAUAGAUGAAACUUUAAAAUAAAGGUACAUAAUGCCAUUUUCAGAAGACGUACCCGAUCACCUGACCGCCGUACUCAAUCAUCGCGACGAAAUGACAGAAGAAGUCGAUCUCCACCAAUGAAACGACGAGACGACAGGGAUAUCAAGGACAAAUAUGACAAGUUCUCAAAGCCAGCAUCAGGCAGAGGGCCAGCUUCACAUUCAGAUGCUGCCUACGGGUCUAGAAGACGAUCUCCAGUGCAUGCAUCGCACACUCAUGAUCUUUGUAAGUUGAAUUGAUGUUGAGGGGGGGGUAUGAUUUCUAUAACGUUACUAGAGUUGGAGAGGCAAUUUUGCUUGGGGGGGGGGGGGUUGAGGGAGGGGUAAAAAGUUUUUUUGAAGAAAAUUAGGGGGCUAUGUCAAGGUUUUUUGAAAAUUUUUGUUUGUGUGGGGGGAGGGUAAUUUUUUUGCUAUGGGAUGUUGAAAAAACGUUUUUUUUCCGUCUUUAUCAGUAACAAAAACUUACUUUCAGACGGCUCAUCGACGUCGUACUCGACCUCCACCUCCAAACGCACCUCUGACACCACCAAUAUCUAUAAUGCAAAGCUAGCCAGCUUAGGUACCGCUUUCUCCGCCGGUGUCUCAUCUUACAAUUACCCCGCCCAACGUACGACGACGGCCGCUACCGACGCCUACACAACUCGUGGUCAACUAUACGAUGGGGCUUCGGUCCAAUACCCAGUAGGACAAUACCCAGCACAAGGGAGCAGCACCAGCUACGAAACCCAACUGGCUGGCAAUUGGGCCAGACGACCGGAAUGGGACUACAGCAACGCCGCCCAAGGCGAAUACAAGUCGUACUCAAGACAAUAUUAA